AUGGAUGGGUCGCCGUACGACCGCCCACUUGGCCACCGCCUAGGCAAGCGCAAGCGAGGCUCAUCCCCGGCCGACGGCGAAGAAGUCGUGGCACAGCGACACCAAACCCGGACUCCCUUCCCUUCAACGUAUUCGCAGCAUGCGACGGGGAGCUUGCCUUUCCAACGCGCCAGCGGGAGCCCUGAUCAUCGGCGACCGGCUUGUCGCCAAGAAUUCGAAAUCGCCAUCAUAUGUGCCUUGCCACUCGAAUACGAUGCCGUGUGCCUCCUGUUUGACGAGUUCUGGGACGAUCACGUCGAGGUCUAUGGGAGAGCAACCGGAGACCGCAACACAUACACGAACGGUCGCAUCGGAAAGCACAAUGUAGUCUUGGUCCUUCUCUACCGGAUGGGCAAGGCGACGGCAGCUGGCGCAGCCGCAAGCAUGUGUUUGAGCUACACCGGCCUCCGUGUGGUAUUUCUCGUGGGCAUUUGUGGCGGCGUCCCUUUCCCGCGAGACGGGGAGGAGAUUGUCCUUGGCGAUGUGGUCAUCAGCAAAACAAUCAUCCAGUACGACUUUGGACGGCAGUAUCCUGGCCACUUUGCUCGGAAGGAGGCGGUUGGCGACACACUCGGCAUGCCAAGUAAAGAUGUCCGCAACAUGUUGGCGCUCCUCGAGACUCGUCGUGGCAGAGGCCGGCUUCGGACAAAGACCGCCGAAUACCUACAAGAGCUUCAGGCUAACGCCAAGGGACAAACGAUCGGAAAUACCUAUGCCUACCCCGGAGUGGUUGAGGACAAACUCUUCGACGCGGACUACCGACACAAGCACAGGGGUUACCCGCAAUGCAUAUGCCACGAGAAUCACGGGCAAUUCGGAUCAGUCUAUGAUGAGGUGACCCUCUCAUCCAUCCGGGAGGAGCUCGAAUGGGUGCCUAUGCCGGCGCCCGCGCGAGGAUCUCGUGAGGAUUACGAGGGGCCCGCCAACUCAUCCUGGGCCGACAGGAUGAUCUUUUCACCAGAUACGUCCUUCGGCGAGGGGCUUAGGGUCAACUUUGGCGAUCUUGACCGCUCGCUCGACGAGGCCAACGCACAACUCAGAUCCCUGCUAGAGAUGACCCGCCCUAUCAACCCUAGGGCGCCGCUCACCCGCGAGAGCUCAUCGUCAACGCUGCGCCCGCACGGCUUCGCUGAUGACUCGCGUCUAAGUGACUCGACUCUGCGUCCCUUCUCCCAGUCCCUUGAAACUCCCCCAUCCUUCAAUACCUGGAAUGACUUCUUAACUGGCCAAGGUCACGGCACCGCACCCAGGACCGCCAUGUAUAUCCCGGGUCUCACCGAGGUAAACUUCGUCCCACCGCCACUGCCCCCGCCGCGGCAGUUACCCUUUACACGCCUUUCAACAGAAACGGACAAUGCCCAACUCGACCGCCAGGCCGUCAUCCACGACAAAGCCACAGACCAUGACGAGAAUUACCACCCGGCAUCUGGCUCCCCUGUCAGGGGUGGCACCGCGUACCACGCAUCCUCUAUGGCCAACGAGAUGCUCAAGGGUGAGAUAGAGGACGGAGCGGGAGAGGCAUUGUGGCUGCAACAUGGGCGCUUCUUUCCGAGCACCGCAGACGCCCAUACGCGGCAUACGUUGGAGAGGCUCAACUCGAACCAGGAGGAAGUCCAAGCGGUUGAGGGAAUCCGACGCCUUGGCUGA